AUGCCUCAAGCUGCUGGUCGCUGUGCUCACAACCUCUUUUGGUUUGAGUGUCCAGCUCCAAAUUGCACGCGCUGGUUCAAAAAUUGCUCAGGUCUCACACAACAUACAAAUGCAUACCACCCCAUAAAUAAUGUCACACCAGCUCCAGGACCAUACCCUCAAGAUGUCCCUCUACCACCCCAGCCAUCACCUCCCCCUCGAGAAUUUGUGUCGCCCCCUCCUGAUUUUGACCCCCCACCCCAGUCAUCACCUCCAAGGUAUCCCAGCCACAGACCAACAGUCGAUGACGAGGGAGAUGAAGAGACUGUGAGACCAACAGUUGAUGACGAGGGAGAUGAAGAGGCUGAAUUCACGGAUCCCAGUGGGCGAUACUAUCACCGAAAGAUGCACCUGAUUGUGUCUGAGAUGUUGGUUUAG